CAUCGAAACCUAUAAGAAUAUACGUUUUUUGUCGUCACUUCCUCCUUGCCUCUAAUUUAGCAGUGUGUCAUCGAGGAAGUCGAAAGCAGAAAAUUCAAUCUGCACAAAUUUUCUUCAGUGCAGAGCGAUGUGCUUUUGGAGAAGGGUAUGUCUUAUAUCCAGUUAUGUAAGUGAAUUAGUAAGUUAUGUAAGUGAAUUUGUAAGUUAUGUAAGUGAAUUUGUAAGUUAUGUAAGUGAAUUUGUAAGUUAUAUAAGUGAAUUUGUAAGUUAUGUAAGUGAAUAUGCAAGUUAUGUAAGUGAAUUUGUAAGUUAUGUAAGUGAAUUUAUAAGUUAUGUAAGUGAAUUUGUGUUAGUUAGAAGCCUUAAUUGUUAGUGAUAAUGGUGACGGUUAUGUAUAGUUACGGUAGUGAGGAUAAUAAUUGGGUAAUGAAAAUAAUGCUACCGACGGUGGCAAUUACCCCUAUGAAAGUGCUGGGAAAUUAUCUCUAACAAUAACUCUCUCGCGGCCAUACUGUCAUUCCAGUCAUAAAAAAAAAAAAAAACAACAACAUACUUCAAACAAAUACGAAAUUUAUCCCGAAAAAAUCAAGCUUGUUGCUAAAGUCUCUCUUAACUAUCGAAUUGCGAGACAAAGGAAAAUGAGGAAAAUAUAUUUAAGAAUAAUACCUUGCAUUUCUGUAGAUAUCACAUUCAUGUUUAUAAUGCUUAUAUACAUGCUAAUGGCAUAAUACUGAAUAACAGACAGGAUAAUAGUAAUGUCUUUUAAAUAUUGCAAGAAAAAAGUUAAAGAAAUGAAAAAAAGUCAAAGAAACCGUAGCAGAACAAGCAUCCAAGAUUUAAAAAAAUCUAAAAGAAAGAAAGAAGAAAAAGAAAACGAGGCAAGAAGAUAACAAAAAUAAAAACGAAAAAUUGCAAGCAAACCCUCCUUUACCAUUCCUUUCCAUCUCAUUUCGCAGACGAUGACCCUGAACUCCAGACGCAGAACAACCUCUUCGUGCGCUGUUCUCCUCGUUGUCUUGUUCUUCGCGGUGAACACUUACACGCCUGACACUCAGAGGGGAUCUUCGGAGGCCGAUCUGCUGUUCCCUUCGGAGGCGGCCAGGCCCGUAUUCGAAACCUUGCGCACCAAGAGGAAACUGAAACCAGAGUCAACCACAAGCUACCAGUCAGAACCCACUCCCGAUUUGCACGAAACAUUUCGAAUUCGGAGAGAACACUUGCUGGAACAGUGUCGUCGGCUGAACAUAACAAGAAAGUUCACGAGUGAACAUUGGUUAUGGUCAAUGCUCUUAGAAUUCCCCGGCCCACUUGAUGUGUGUCUCCCUCCAAAGGUGGGCUCGACAUCAUGGCGUGACCUUCACAAGAGAGUGAGUGAGCGAGGAGCGCUUCCCGAUCUCCAUCCCGCCAGCGCCAUCUUGGUUCGGCAUCCUCUGUCCCGGCUAACUUCUGCUUAUAGGGACAAGUACCUCGACGGAGCACCUAUUAGUGACUACGACAAGAACUGGAGGAAGAGCCAGGGCUUCAACUCGCCACGCUACUUCUACUGGUACAAUUAUUGGCUCCCAACUCUCAUCUCCUCAGGGAGGCUGGCUGCUUCGAAGGAGUUCCUCAAGAGGGUCAGAGACGCGCGGAGCAUUCCCGGGACCAAUAGUCUCGGCAUAGCUAAACUGCGGGAUGCUGUUAUGGACACCUACGGGAGUGAAGACCUAAAGACGCAGUUUAGCAACGCCACCUUCACCUUCCGAGAAUUCCUGGAAUUCAUUCUUUGGGUGGACGAGUUGGGUAUGAGGGACCUACACUGGGGCACGUACACGGAGCAGUGCCUCCCAUGCCAAGAGGACUACCAGUACAUCCUUCACUUAGAGACAGUAGAUGCAGAAUCUAGAGUCCUUCUGCAGGAUGUAGGAUACCCAGAGGAUAUUCGGUUGGCCACCAAACACAGAACGAAGGGCCUCUCUCAUUCGCUCAGCACAAAUGAUCUCGAGUAUUAUAAGGACCUUCCCAAGGCUUUGGUGAAUAAGAUUAUUAAAUUCUAUGAAUAUGAUUUCGAGCUCUUUGGUUACAACAAAGAUAUACUGACGGUGUGAGCAUCAAGAGAAAAUAAGGUGAAUAUAUACAAAUUUGAUACGAUUAAACAAAAUAGUUUAGAUGCACUAAACAGACAAUGAUGUAUUUUUUAAAGUAGCGAGCAUAACGUAGUUUGAUAUAAUUCAUUAUAUCAAUGACCUUGUAUCGUUGGUGUUUUCACAAACACCUUUAUCUAGAAAAUUAUCUCAAAAGAUAUUCCCCCUUUCCAGAUGCCGUCUUUUGAUUAUUCUUUACAUCAUGAUAAUAUUUCGUGUCAUCAAUGUCCAGGUGGCAUGACCACAAUAAAUGCCAAAUUUGCACAUUCACCGGUUUGUGAAAACACCGACGAUAUUUUCUCGCGAGUUCCUUUCUAAUCAAUUUUAGUGUCAGAACAACUUUCCAUUGUGCAAGUAACUAAUAGAUAGAUAUAUAUUUUCUGACCUUUGGUACCUUUGCUUCUGUGCCUAUCUUGUAAUAAA